CUGACACAAGUACCACAGCAUCUGACACAAGUACCACAGCAUCUGACACAAGUACCACAGCAUCUGACACAAGUACCACAGCAUCUGACACAAGUACCACUACAUCUGACACAAGUACCACUACAUCUGACACAAGUACCACUACAUCUGACACAAGUACCACAGCAUAUGACACAAGUACUACAUUUGACACAAGUUCAACAACAACUGAGAGAAGUACUACAAUAUUCGACACAAUUACUACACUAUUUGACAUUAGUUUUGCACCUUCUGUCACUAGUACUAACACAUUUGACACAACUACCGCAGUAUCAGACACAAGUAUCGCAACAUUUUACACAAGUACUGCAUUUCUAACAAGAACUACAACCUCUUACACAAAUAUUUAUUUUGACACAGGUUCUACAACAACUGACACAAGUACUGCAUCUGACACAAGUACUACAAUAUUUGACACAAUGACUUCAACAUCUGAUAUAUUUACCACAACUUAUGGCACUAUUACUUCAACAUCUGGUGUGCCCUUUCUGGCAUCGGACACAGUUACUCCAGCAUCUGAUGUAGUAACACCACCAACAGAUGGAUUUACCUCACCCCCUGAUGAUACAUUUAUUCCAGCAUCUGAGGGAGAUACACCCGCCUCUGACGUGGCUACUUCAGUAUCUGAUGGACUGACCUCACGACCCGAUGAAGCUCCUUCAACACCUCAAGCAGUUCCUCCACCUCCCGACACGGUUUCCUCAGCACCUGAUCCUCUUUCCCGUACACCGGGUGGAGACACCACCCAAGCUCCAGACAAAUCUACUCCAGCACCUGACACAGAUACCUCAACAUCUGAUGCUGCUACCCUGGCACCUGUUGUAGCUACUACAGCUCCAGACUCAUCUUCAGCAGCUCCUGAUCCUGCUACCCCAUCUCCUGACACAGGUGAUCCAGCUCCUGAGGCUGUUGAUCCAGCUCCUGAUGCAGGACCAUCUCCUGAUUCAGUUGAUCCAGCUCCUGAUGUAGGACCAGUUCCUGAUUCAGUUGAUCCAGCUCCUGAAGUAGGACCAGCUCUUGAUUCAGUUGAUUCAUCUCCUGAUGCUGUUGAUCCAGCUCCUGAUGCAGGACCAUCUCCUGAUGCUGUUGAUCGAGCUCCUGAUGUUGGACCAGUUCCUGAUUCAGUUGAUCCAGCUCCUGAAGUAGGACCAGCUCUUGAUUCAGUUAAUUCAGUUGAUUCAUUUCCUAAUUCAGUUGAUCCAACUCCUGAUGAUGCUGUUAAUCCAGCCCCUGAUGCAGGACCAGCUCCUGAUUCAAAUUAUCCAGCUCUUGAUUCAGUUGAUUCAGCUCCUGAUUCAGGACCAGCUCCUGAUGCUUCCGCUCCAAUGCCUAAUGCUGGGGUCAGUGAGAAAGUGGAAAAUAAAGAAGAAAAUGUUAAAGAGGAAAAAGUUACCCCCAUAACUGAAGCCAAAGGGGAAAGCAAAGAGGAAGAGAAAGAGAAAAAAAAAGAUUUUGAAACGAAAGACAAUGAGAAAAAAGGUAUAUUGCUUAACAGUAGUCUAGUAGUAUUUGUACUGUAUGUUGUGUGUGCUACAAAAUAUAGUUGUGUCAGAUUAAAAAAUAGUUUUAGUAUAAUCCAACAAAUCAACUCUGUUAUUGAAGCAGAUGGGGAUCUGUGAAACUCACUCCUCAGCCUGAAGUGUCUCCACUUGCAGCUAGCUUUUUGGUGGCGCAACUGGGUAGACACUUCAGAAGGGGUGUCAUGUGUGUUUGCGAGGCAGAGGUCCUGGGUUCAAGCCCUGAUAUGAGCUGAAUCAGGAGCAAGCGGUAGUCGUUAAGCAAGCAGCGUGACAUCCUUUACAAUGGUGCCAAUUGACUCAGAUCUGCAGUUGCGCUCAACUCAACGCUGGGGUCCCUGUGGAGGGAAUUUGGGGGGGGGGGUGAAGGUAGCAGAUGGGGUUCUGUGAAACUCCACUCGCGCUGCCGAACAGCUAGCUGGGUAAGACGCUUCAGGUUGGCGGCCAUGUUUGUUUGCGAGGCAGAGGUCCCGGGUUCAAACCUGAGUCAGGAGGGAGCGGUACUGGCUAAGCCAAGCAGCGUGACGUCCUUUACAUUAGCAUUAGCAUGUCAAUUUGUAGUGGCGUCGGUAACCAUUCAUGUUGAAUUCCCUGACCCAACUCAAUGGGGUUGAAGUUGGAGUGUUAGUCACCUGGUUGCUAUAGGAAAACAUCCCCACUGGGUGUCAGAGUACAAACAGAUAAUUGAUGGACAAAAUAGGAGCGGAAAAGCAUUGAGCCAUUUUUGGAUGAGCCCAUGUCCCAGUAGGAUACCUGAUCCAUGGUUUCAUGAGGCUAUUGACUCAAAGCACCAGGCUGCUGACAAGCAUUAGGAGUAGUCUGUGUGUUUGUCAAACCUAGAGCAGCUAAUGUAUUUUUGUUGUUGACAAGGAUCAUGUGGUACAGAAUAUGCCACAUAGUAUUGUGUGGGUGAUCCUGUCACCACUCAAGACUCCGCUCAUCAGCUGUAGCUGAACCAGUAUUGCAAGCUAAACAUCUUUGCUAUGGACUAUGAUUCCUAUCACUUCAGGGUUGUGUUGAUUUGGCACUAAACGGGAGAAAACGGACUGAAGCUCAUUUCGUUUUAUGUUUAAAUUUUAAAACUAAAAUAAUUGUUACGUUCCCUAAUAAACACAACCCAGGUAGGCAUUUUAUUGCUGGUGAGAUGGAUUGUCUGAUUGGGACUGACAUGUUGUUCUUGUAGAGGAGUGAAUAUCUACACUUUGCGAAUGACUAAACGUUGUGGUAAUACACAAUACUGUGUGUUAAUGUGUAGAUUUCAGUGGUUUAUGGAAUGUAUGAGGUCUUUCUCUGUGAAUCAUGCAAGAUGUCUGAGCAGUUGGCACCCUAUUGUGUUUCAGGAUUGCUUUGGCAUCAAUUGUAUAUUUUAAUAGCCAUGAUAUUUCAGACACUGUGUAGUAGAGGCUUGUACACAUUGGCAUGUUAGUAUUAUCUAUAACACAGUUAAAUAGAUGCUUUAUUUCCCAAGCGGUUGUAAAACUGUUGAUUCCCGGUGGGUCCAAAUACAGCCAGUCUAAGGUUGCAUACGUCCAGUUUCAAGGUAAGAAAUGAUUUACCACACUGAAGCUUUGAAUCUGUUUGGACUAGAGAACUGUGGAAAAAUGACCAAAGUUUGACCAGUCUUUUUCCUUCAUUCAUUUGUCUUUUGUUUUUUCCAUGCAUUUCUAUGUUGCACAUUUGGGUUUUGUUUGCUUCAUAAGGUAAGCAACUUAUUUCCCCGCCAUUUAUAGCAUUACUGUCGUUACCUUUUUGUUGUGAACUUGUAAUGAAAUCUCAGAACCUAUAGUGUCUGUGUCGCAACUGAUUUUAUAGUGUCAUUUGUGUGGAUGACUGUGUUAACUGUGGAUUCAUUUGUGAGAUGGUGACCAUUCUUUCAACAAUCUGUAGGGUAAUAGGCCCAUUCAUAUUUGAUAAGCUGUUUUUGCCCCCUGUCCCACUGCUCUACUCUGUGGUACAGCAGGUCUUCAUAUUGCACCAGCAACAUCUUUUUAAAAUAGCGUGUCAAUAAUGAAUCCCCUCUAAACAAAGAGAUGUAACAUGAAGCCUGAUUAAACAACUAAACCAUAAUCUAAAUCUCCUUGUAAAUUUAGCAUUAUUUAGCUUCUUGUAGUAUAAUGGAACAAACUGCUAAUGCAUAAUAAGCUCCAUUAUGACAAUCAAUUGAUCAAGACUGUAAUGCAAACAAAAUUGAAACAACUUAUUUGGUAUAUUUGCGCUACCAUUGAUUACAUGUUACACCUCUGUAAAUCAAUGUACAGUAUUGAGGCCGGAUCGUUAGCUGGUUAAAUAAUGCAGAUUUUGACUUAUUGAGGUCAAUGGAUUUCCCAUGGGGCCACAAAGUCAGGAACUGGUUUCUGAACUCAGCAUAAUUCAGGUCUAUGGAGCCUGCUAUGUCUUAUCCAUUUGGCUUUUGUAUAAUGAGUGAAACAGUUAAGUUGUACACUUAGAAAUACAUUUGCUAUCUAGAACCUUGAAGGGUUCUUCUUUGAAUAAGCUUUUUUAGUUGCAGGUAGAACCCUUUUGGGUUGCAUGUAGAACCCUUUCCACAGUGGGUUCUACAUGGAACCAAAAAGGGUUCUCCUAUGGGGACAGCCAAAUAACCCUUUUGGAAACAUUUUUCUAAGAGUGUAGAGUAAAUAACUUUGAGUGCUACCUCUGACUUUGAAUUGUUUGAAUAGGACCAUUCCUCCUCCUCCUCCUCCUCCUCCUCCUCCUCCUCCACUAACCCUACUCCGCUCUUUCCCCUUGACAGACUGU